GACUGAUUCCGAAUUUCCGAUAGACGGCCUAUAAGUAGUCGUUUUGCUGUACUAGGGUUUGCCCUUCUGUAAAGCGCUCCAAGCUCGAAGAGUGUCGAAGGCUGGACGAGGCUUCGAGUACAAACGGGGAACUUUCAAAAAUGGCAGUCGCUUUCUACAGCCUCGACACUGAGUCUGGACUAAAGAAACUUGAUGAGUAUCUGCUGACGAGGAGUUAUAUCACUGGAUACCAAGCUUCAAAAGAUGAUAUUACUGUCCAUGCAGCUCUUUCUGGUGUUCCUUCAUCUGAAUAUGUGAAUGUGUCUCGGUGGUACCACCACAUUGAUGCUCUUCUAAGGCUUUCUGGUGUUUCAGGAGAAGGUCAGGGUGUAACAAUUGAGGGAUCUGCCCCACCGGAAGCUAUUGCAACUCCUCCAGUGGCUGAGGCAACGGCCCCAGCUGCUGAGGACGACGAUGAUGAUGAUGUGGAUCUCUUUGGGGAAGAGACAGAAGAGGAAAAGAAAGCCGCUGAAGAGCGUGCUGCAGCUGUCAAAGCAUCUGGGAAGAAGAAAGAAUCUGGAAAAUCCUCUGUUUUGUUGGAUAUAAAGCCUUGGGAUGAUGAAACUGACAUGAAAAAACUUGAAGAAACUGUCAGAAGUAUUGGGAUGGAUGGUUUACACUGGGGAGCAUCUAAGCUUGUACCGGUUGGAUAUGGUAUAAAGAAGUUGCAAAUAAUGAUGACCAUUGUUGAUGAUUUGGUAUCUGUUGAUACUCUUAUUGAGGAAAACCUCACAGUUGAACCAGCAAACGAAUACAUUCAGAGCUGUGAUAUUGUGGCAUUCAACAAAAUCUAGAGGGCCUGGUAUAUUCCGUAUGUAUCGAGGAAGAUGAAGCAGUGCUGCUAUUAUGAAAUGGUUGAACGGAGUGCAUUUUUACAAAUAUAUGUAUCUAUUGGCUUUUAAAUUUAUAGUAAUCUGUUGAAACUGAGAAUUAUGGGGCUUGUGAAGGCCGAGUGAUUGAAGAAUUUUUUGGAUUUGGCUUUAAGAAUUAGCACAAUCUCAUUAUUAGUUUAUUGUGUUGGUUUGUCCCUCA